AUGGCUGCCCAGGCUAGCGAAAAGCUGCAGAAGCUCGACCUCAACGGUCAAAGUGGCGACGCAAAGGCGGACGCCCCGGCCGCCGGUCAGGCGGACGCCGGAGAGGCGGAGGACGAUUCCGACGACGAUGAAGUAGAGGAAGGAAACGCUGGCGCCGAGGGUGCUGCCAGCGGAGCCGCCAAGAAGAAGAAGAAGCGGAAGUCCAAGAAGAAGAAGAAGGGAGGCGCCAAGGUCCAGAGCGAACCCCCGCGGGUUCCGCUGUCCACCCUGUUCGCCAACAAGAAGUUCCCCGAGGGUGAGAUCGUCGAGUACCAGAAUGAAAAUUCGUACCGCACCACCAACGAGGAGAAGCGCUACCUGGACCGCAUGAAGAACGACUUCCUGGAGGAGUAUCGUCAUGGUGCCGAAGUGCACCGUCAGGUCCGUCAGUAUGCGCAGAAGACCAUCAGGCCCGGCCAGACCCUCACGGAGAUCGCGGAGGGCAUCGAGGAAUCGGUCCGUGCCUUGACUGGUCACCAGGGCCUGGAGGAAGGUGACAACCUCAAGGGUGGUAUGGGUUUCCCCUGUGGUCUGAGCAUCAACUCCUGCGCCGCCCACUACACCCCGAACGCGGGCAACAAGAUGGUGUUGCAGCAGGGGGAUGUCAUGAAGGUCGAUUUCGGAGCCCAGAUCAACGGCCGCAUUGUCGACAGUGCGUUCACCUUGGCUUUCGACCCCGUCUAUGACCCCCUUCUGGCGGCCGUGAAAGAUGCCACCAACACUGGUAUCCGCGAAGCGGGUAUCGACGUUCGCAUGAGCGACAUCGGCGCUGCCAUCCAGGAGGCCAUGGAGAGUUACGAAGUUGAACUCAACGGGACCAUGUAUCCCGUCAAGUGUAUCCGGAACCUUAACGGUCACAACAUUGAACAGCACAUUAUCCACGGUGGAAAGAGUGUUCCCAUUGUCAAGGGUGGUGACCAGACCAAGAUGGAGGAAGGCGAAGUGUUUGCCAUCGAGACCUUCGGCAGUACUGGAAAGGGCUACGUGCGAGAGGACAUGGAAACCUCCCACUACGCCCUGAUCCCGGAUCACAACCAGGUGUCCCUGCGCCUUUCCUCGGCGAAGAACCUGUUGAACGUCAUCAACAAGAACUUCGGCACCCUCCCCUUCUGCCGUCGUUACCUCGACCGGUUGGGUCAGGACAAGUACCUCCUCGGAUUGAACAACCUGGUUUCUUCGGGAAUUGUCCAGGACUACCCUCCUCUUUGCGAUAUCAAGGGCUCAUACACUGCCCAAUAUGAACAUAGCCAGGGCCCGCAAGCUCCCGCCAGUCAGGAACAACAGCCCGCCGCCAGAAUUCCGCCCCCAGAGAAGUCCGCGGUUGACGACCAUUUCUUCUGGACGUAUACCGAAGAACCGCACCGGUCCAGACGGCAGGCCAUCAUCAAAGCCCAUCCGGAGGUCACCAAGCUCUGCGGACCAGAGCCCCUGACAAAAUGGGUGGUACUGGGCGUCGUCUCCCUUCAGGUAUGCUGCGCGUACCUGCUCCGCGAUACCUCCAUGUUCUCCUGGAAGUUCCUCGUUACGGCGUACGUGAUCGGAGCAACCGCAAACCAGAACCUCUUCCUCGCCAUCCACGAAAUCUCGCAUAACCUCGCCUUCCGGUCCCCAAUGGCAAACCGACUGCUGGCCAUCUUCGCCAAUAUCCCAAUCGGAGUGCCCUAUAGUGCUGCUUUCCGGCCCUACCACCUCACCCAUCACAAAUCUCUAGGUGUGACCGGCCUGGAUACCGACCUGCCCACCGCGGUCGAAGCCUUUUUUCUCGAUUCGCUCCUGGGCAAGGCCUUUUUCUGCACCUUCCAGAUCUUCUUCUACGCCGUCCGCCCCAUGUUCAUCUACAGCCCGCCCUUCACCUACAUCCACCUCCUGAACCUGGUCUUCGAGCUCUCCUUCGACUACGCCCUGACCAAGUUCUGCGGCGGCUCCCUCCAGCCCGUCCUCUACUUCCUCAUGAGCUCCUUCCUCGCCGGCUCCCUCCACCCCUGCGCCGGCCACUUCAUCGCCGAACACUACUUCUUUUCCCGGAUCGGCCACGGCACGGAAUCCCUCCUGGAGCGGAAGGCCCGCAAGCCCACCGACAAGCCCCAUCCUCUCGACUCCCUCCCCCCUCCGGAGACGUACUCCUACUAUGGCCCCCUCAACUUCUUCACCUACAACGUGGGCCUGCACAACGAACACCACGACUUCCCCGCCAUCCCCUGGACAAAGCUCCACGAGGUCCACCGCAUUGCCAGCGAGUUCUACGAGCCCCUCCCCUGCCACCGCAGCUGGGUGUGGGUGAUCUGGACCUUCAUCCUGGACAAAAACGUCGGCAUGUGGUGUCGGGUCAAGAGAGCGCAGGGCGGUCGUCUUGUCGGCGGCGGGGGCGGUGGGGGCAAUGGUCGCGCCGGCGAGGGGAUUUCGGCUGCGUCGGCUGGUCCGGAAGAGUCUGGCAGUGGGUGGACAGAAAGCGAGAUCCAGAAUUGA